AUGACCCUGACACGAGGUUCCUUCAGCUACUCCAAUGGCGAGGAGUACCACGGCGAAUGGAAAGAAGGUCUGCGUCACGGCCUGGGUCAGCUGACCUUCAGCGACGGGACGUGUUACACCGGACAGUUUGAGAACGGGCUCUUCAACGGCUGCGGGACGCUGGUCUUCCCCGACGAAUCUAGGUAUGAAGGUGAAUUUGUGCAGGGUAAAUUUCAAGGCGCCGGCGUCUUCACGUGCUUCGACGGGAUGAGGUUCGAGGGCGAGUUUAAAAGCGGCUGUGUGGACGGAUACGGAAUACUGACGUUUCUGGACGGAGGCCCCGGCGGCGGCCACGAGGGUCUGUUUGAGAGCAGCCAGCUGGUGAGGAGGGAGAGCAGCCAGGGGGCGGUGCUGAGGGCGCAGGCGGCCGCUAACAAAGCCCGAACGCUGGCCAUGUGACCCGGACUACAUCACCCACAGUACCCCCCCAACAAGAACAACACCCUCUUGGUUUGAUGAGAAGUGAUUUAUUAAAGGUCCCCUAUUAUACUGUUUUUCAUGAAUAUAUUCCAGGUCUCAGAUAUAUACAGAACCUGUCUCUGAUUGGCUGAAACACCAAACAGA